CCAGCUCAUUUGCAUUCUGCUGUCUGGAGGCUGGGUUAGAAACAGGAGAGCAGACUCUGGAUCCAUCAGAGGUGAUUUCCCAAAAGUGCUUGCCCUCUGAUUCAGGUUGCCAAAAUGCUUUUCAAAGGGACUUUUCUUGAAAAUGAUACAGAGCAGUCACUCCUUGAAGGCACCUUCAGAGAGUUCAUUCCACACUGCAUUUCCAGAGCCACUGUUGCACCUUCAUUCACUUGAUUCUCCUGAGCUCCCAUCUCUCCACAGGGACACUUUGGUUCUCUACACGAGGAUCCCCAGGACAAGCAGAAUUAAGUUUUCCCAGGCUCACGGGGCUGCAGGUGAUGCUGCCUGAGGGAUGGGGAAUGAUGGCUGAGCACUGCUUGCUAAGGGGCUUAAGUGUUCAUUAAUUACCACACAUGGACAUAGCAGCGCCAGCCCAGGGCUGGGCUUUGCUGGCAUUCAGCUCUGUGUGAAGCCAGGUACAGCCACAGCCACUGGCUGAGGGAGACACAGCCUUGGGGACACCCCUGCCUUGGGGACACCCCUGCCUUGGGGACACCCCCCAGGCUGAGUAAGCUGAGCACUUUGCUUUGCAGCCUGACCCACAGUGCUGCUCCAGCAGCCAGACCCUUUCAAAGUCCAGGCUCUGCAAAGUCCAGGCUCUGCAAAGUCCAUUCCUGGGCUUUGUUAAAGCAGAUCUGCUUCAGAGCUGAUCCUGCACAGUGGGCAAGAGCAGGGCCUGCAUUCAUCAGCCCUCUGAGGAGUAGGUGGGAGAGCCAGGUGUCUGCAGCUGGGCUUAAGAGACAGAAGUCAUGACCCAAGAGCAACUGUGGCAUGUCCUGGAUCCAUCCUGGGGAGACCUUCGUGCCCUCUGGGCUCUGCUCUACUCAGCUGCAGCUGUGAUGCUUCUGAAAUGGCUGGGAAGGAGGCAGGUCCAGCAGAAGAUGGAUGAGAGAAGGAGGUCUUGGCAUCUGGCCCUGGAGAGAAUGGAGAAGGCGGCUUGCAGGCUGAAACAAGUUCUCCACCCUUUGCAGAACCCAGGCACCCAGACCUCACAAAUCCUCUCGCUGACAGUGGUGGAGCUGGAAGAGAAGCUGAAGGAGGUGUCCCUGUCCCCAGAAAGUGUCCUCUACUCCUACAUGGACAAGGCUUUGGAGAUGAAUCAAGAGGUGAACUGUAUGACAGAGUUCAUUCAUGGAUGUGAGGAUCAGCUCCAGAAACAGAAGAAGCAAAAGGAGAAGGGGCUGCUCUGUGGCAUUCCCAUCAGCAUCAAGGACCACAUUAACUGCAAGGGCCACAUCUCCUCUGGAGGGAUGGUGAAAUUUCUGGGCCAAGUGAAGGAAGAAGACAGCAUCAUUGUCCAGGUUCUAAAGCACCAUGGGGGAAUCCCCUUUGUGAAAACCAACAUCUCACAGACCAUGAUGAAUGCCAUCUACAACUGCAGCAGCCUCAUCUUUGGGCAGACCUUGAACCCCCUCAACCCCCAGAAGAACCCCAGGGGCUCCUCAGGAGGGGAGGCAGCUCUGAUGGCAGGGGGAGGCUCUAUCCUUGGCACGGGCUUGGAUGUGGCUGGCAGCAUCCUCCUGCCCUGCAGCUUCUGCGGGGUCUGCAGCCUCAAACCCACAGGCAGCAGGAUCAGCACACAGGGAGUCAUUGGUGCUCUCACAGGAAUGCAAUCAGGGACAAGCUGGGGCCAUGGCAAGGGAUGUGCCAGCCUGGCCCUGUGCACAAAGGCUCUGCUCUGCCAGGAGAUGCCCCAGGUGCACCCCACCGUGCCCCCCAUCCCCUUCCAUCAGCAGGUUUACACCCGCUCAAAGCCUCUUUGCACCAGGUAUUUCAAAGGAGAUGUUUUCUUCCACAUGAAAUGGGCUGUCCAGCAUAUGAGGAAGCUCCUCCAGGGUGCAGGGCAUACGCUUGUUCCCUGCCCAACAAAGAUUGACUACGUGGUGGAUGAGCUGUUCACCAGAGGGAUCUUCUCUGAUGGGGUGACCCACCUGGUGGACUGCUUCAAAGGAGACAUCGUGGAUCCCAACCUGAAAUCCCAGUACAAUACUGACAGGCUUCCUGCUCUGGUGAAAAGGAUGUUGGCUAUAAUUUUGAAACCCAUAUACCCACGAAUUGCUCAGGAUCUCAGUACUCUCUGUGGAGUGGGAUCUGCCAAAAACCUCUGGGAUCAGCAUGGAGCAGUGGCAGCUUACCACACUGAGUUCAUCACCAAAUGGAGGUAGCUAAGGCUGGAUGUGAUCCUUUGUCCUGUGCUGGGGCCAGCCUCCAACCACAGCUACGCUGGGAAGCUCUUUGCUGCAUCCUCCUGCACCAGUCUGUACAAUGUGAUGAACUUCCCCGCUGGGGCAGUGCCGGUCAGCAGGGCCACGAGAGCCGACCAAGAAGAACUGAAGCACCACCGAGGGCACCUCUGGGACAAGAGGCUGAGAGAGGUCAUGUCAGGAGCCCUGGGGCUGCCCCUGUCCCUGCAGUGCCUGGCAUGCCUGCGCUUCCCGAAGGAGGUGGAGGCUCUUUCCCGUGGCUUGAGGAGAAGCUGGCUGGUCAAAGUGAAGGGCAUGUUGUGGAUGCCAUAA